AUGAAGAUAAAAGGAUCGGUCCAGUGAUUCGGUGAGAUACGGGGAGAUUCAGUUUCAAAUCACCUCUACUGGCUCAGGAGGUCAAACAUCCCAUCCGACGGAGAGGAGCAGGUCCGGGGCUGGCAGUGGAGGUGGAGGAACAGUCACUUGUAAUGUGUGUAGUUUCACUGACACUGACAGGGGGGCUGGAGACUGACGCUGUGUGUGUGUGUGUGUGUGUGUGUGUGUGUGUGUGUGUGUGCGGGGGGAGCUCAGCGACUUUACUCAAUGUAUCUCAGGCGGUGACCCAGCGGCGGCGCGGUAUUGUAAUGGACAAAUAAUGUGAAGUAUUGUGAGCGGUGUCGACAGUGUGGAGCUGGCUGGCUGAUGACUACAGUCAGCAGCCGCAGAGGGGUGGGUGCAGGCUGAGAGAGAGCGAGAGUGAGAGAGCGAGAGAUAGGAAGGAAGCCGGCAACAUCCUCUCCACUGUGGCCGGCAGAGCGCACACACACACACUCACACACUGGAGUUUCGGUGAGAUAGUACUUGGAGCUAAUAGGACUCGCAGGACAGGACGAGAAAGAGAGUGGGUGAGUGAGUGUGAGAGAGAGAGAGAGAGAGAGAGAGAGCUGCCUCACUCCCCGGCACCCUCUCACUUCCUCGCUGGGACAUGGAGCCGGAGACGAGGUGGCUACGAGCCGGCAGCCGCGCAUUAACAACCGGGCUUUGGAUCCAUCUCACCUGAACCACGACUAGUUUGCUCCUCGUUUUUUGGGGGAUUCAACGGGAGAAGGGGACGAGAACCCAUCAUCUCUCCCACCAAAAUCCUCCUUAAAAAAAAGAAAAAGAAAUAACUAACCCCCGCAAAAGAAAAAAAAGUUUAAAACUUUUAUUUUUUAAAAUUGGUAUUAAUAACUCAAUGUGUUUUAAAACACAAAAGCUGAAGGCGUGCCGGGAGCAGGUUUCUCCUCGGGCUGCGGUGGAAGGUUGAAUGAAUGUCUGCUGUGGGAGAACGCUCGGCCAGUUGCUCGCUGACCGAGUUCUGCCCUCGGUCCUGAUUUCAAUGGUUCGCCUGGUGACUUGGAGGCUCCCGUCUCUCGUUCUCCUCGUCUUCCUACAAAGUGCCAUGGGUUGCAUCAACAGCCUCGCCUGCAAGCCCAGGGUGUGUCGGGACUCCAUCUCCCUGCAGGAGAUCUCGGCCAGCAUCGACAGCAACCCCACCAGCAUCGACGAGUCGUCGGACAUCGUCCUGCGCUACCGCACCCCCUACUUCCGAGCCUCGGCGCGGGUCUGUGUGCCACCCAUUCUCAAAGAGGACACAUGGGUGGUCGGCUGGAUCCAAGCAUGCAACUACAUGGAGUUUUACAACAUGUACGAGGAUCUGGGCAUGUCCAGUUGGGAACUGCCAGAUCUCAGAGAUGGAAAAAUUAAUGCAAUAAGUGACUCAGAUGGAGUGAAUUAUCCUUGGUACGGUAACACCACUGAAACGCACACAAUAGUGGGCCCCACCAGAAGGGAGGUCCGCUUUACUGUCAGCAUGAAUGACAACUUCUACCCGAGUGUCACCUGGGCCAUCCCUGUCAGCAAGUCCAACAUACCACAACUAUCCAGUAUUAAGAGAGACCAAAACUUCACCACGUGGCUGGUGGCCUCCAAUCAAGAGACUGGUGAGAUUAUAGUUUUGCAAACAAUCAAAUGGAGGAUGAAGCUUCACAUUGCAGUGGAUCCGAGAAAAAACCUUGGGGAGCGUGCAGUGCUGAUGGAGCCUAUUAAUCAGGAAUGUCCUGUGAUUCUCAACAAGAAUGAGCUAAUUGCACCCAAUGUGCUAAAGAAACCCAAUGCAAAUGACGCUCAGGUGCUGAUGUGGCGGCCGACAUUUGGAGAUCCGCAGGUAGUCAUCCCUCCAAAGAACCGAAUAGAACAAUCACGAGCAAUGUGUUGAUGCUCCUAAGACACAACACUGGGUCUUCAAAACCAACAUGUGCACUAAUCAUGCAAGCAUUGCUCCACCUUGAACCACUAUGGUGGGGAAAACAUCACUGUGCUGAAAUCGGAUUCGUUUGCUAAGCUAAAGGCCAUUACACUGUGGGAUCAUCUCAUUUUAAAGACUUUAGCUUUGGCUUCUGGUCCUCUGCUGAAGCAUCGCACAAGUCAAAGAAGUUUUAUUGAAUGUCAGUCAAAACUGGAAUGCAAUUGCACAUGAACAAUUUUUUGCAAAAUGUUGUUUUUAUACAAGAAAAAAAAUCUAUCUCUUAACCAUGCUGCCUUAAGUUAGCAAAAGCAUCUCAUUGCAAAUAUUUGCCUUAAAAGAACUUCACCAUGAAUAUAAACGGAAUGUUGUUUCAUUAUGACUGCAAUAUGCAAUUGUAAACAAGCCUGCUCAUGAUCUGUGAAUAAUAACCCUGAACACUUCAUUUUGUGGAAAGAUCCUAAAAAUAAAUUUUCAAGUGGAAUCUAAUCAACUAACUCCAAAUAUAUUUAUUGAUAGUCAAGCAUUUGAAUGCAAACUAACCAUUUCCAGAAUAGGGCAAUUUCAAGUAACGGUCAAGAUGGAACAAAAUGAAGUAGACCACAAUAUUCCAAUGUCCAAGGUCAUAAGAAACACCAAUAUCAACAUCAAGUAGUUUACUGAGGUGUUUUAUACUAUAUUUUCAAGAUGCAUGAAGAAUACUUCAGAGAUAAUACAGAUCCAAUGCAUACUGUUAGUGUGGUACCGUGAGGAUUGAGAUCUACAAGAUGAAUGGGGUUCUUCCUAUCCAGUGUUAAUGUUUCUGGACAAGACGUGGAAGACUACACCUUCCAACAGUAGGCAGAGUAAAUAUAACAACAGUUCCCACAUGCUUACCACAGGGGUUAUUACGGGUGUUCAUGUAAAUACAACACCCUCCUCCACAACUCCCAUCUUCAUAGAAUUAUAAAGAAUUUCCAUCACAGAAAAUGCCAUUUGGGCCUGAUUGGUUUGUGCUGCUGUUGAAGCCUCCUCCUGUGGUACUUUAUCCAACCCCAUUAAAAUACCCCUCUAUUUCUUGCAGCCUCGUGUGCUUUUCUAGCUUAUCCUAACAUCAAUCAUUGCUGAUCACUCACUCCGAGAGGUAGUGAGCUUCACAUUCUCCCCAUUCUGGAGAAUAACGCAUCUCUCCUGAAUACCCCAUUAGAUUUCUUGGUGACAAUUUUAUGUUCAUUGCUUGUAGUUUUGGACCAACCCACCAACCCACACCACAAGUGAAACAACAUCCCCACAGUGAUUGUUAUUACAAUUUGAGCCAUGUCUUGGCUUACCCUCUUCUCAGGCUAGUCUGUGAAAUGUAUCAGGAGAGAAUUUAUAGUCCACAUAUGCCAGGGAUGAGAUGGUCGUUGUGAAAGGGUUGGAUGCAAUGGGUAAGACAAUCGGGGUAUUUGUUUUGAAAUGGUGGUAUCCUCCACGUCAGACUGAGGUGUUGAUGAUAAUUAAGUGCAUCCAGAUUUUUGCGACUCUUGAUCAUGAAAGACAACAGUGUUACGGGCAAUCAAUGUAAUUUAUUGAAUAUUCCUUGGCUGUAAAGUUUUUAGAAAUGAUUUAAACUUGAUGUUGUUGCCA